AGUUGCCCGAAAAAUGGUCAGUUGGUCAGCCCAUGUGAGCGUCUCUAGAAGCUGGCUUAAAAGAAUGUGCCAUUUCUCCGAGAAAACCCUUUGAAAUUUCAAACAUUUCCUCUUCUUUUUCUUCCUAUUUUCCUAACCCUACUAUCCUCUGAAUCUUCAAUCAAUCAUCUUCUAGUCGAUCAAUCAGUGUUGAGAGAUCAAUCGCGAUAAUGUUAGGCGUCCGAAGAGUUGCUCAUCAGAGCUCAUCUACAUCUAUUUUGAGGCAGUCAGUGCUGGCAAGUCGGUCUGCAUCAAAGAGCGUUUUAUCGUCUGCUGAAAAGAUAUUGCUGCUUCAAACUGAGGCUGGCUGCUCAAAGCGGUUACUUCAUUUUCUUGCUUCCAGUCAUUUAGUCCAAAGCCGGCCCAUCAGUGAAGCUAUUAGACUAAAUUCAUUGAUUGCUGAUGCCAGAGUUAUCCGGCAAUUUUCAUCUGAAAGUGGUGACUUGGUUGAUGCUGUUGUCCCAUUUAUGGGCGAGUCGGUUACUGAUGGCACACUAGCAACAUUUUUGAAAAAGCCUGGUGAUAGAGUGGAAGUUGACGAGCCUAUUGCUCAGAUUGAGACUGAUAAGGUGACAAUUGACAUUGCUAGUCCUGAAGCAGGAGUUAUCCAAAAGUUUGUAGCCAACAUAGGAGAUACAGUCGAACCUGGUAAAAAAGUAGCUGUAAUCUUAAAAGGUGCUGAAGGAGUUGCCCAAGCAUCUCCAUCGGAGAAAGUUUCAUCAGAGAAACCUAAAACCGAGGAAAUGCCUAAGGUUGAAACUUCUACUAUUAAGGAGAAACCUAAACCUUCGACUCCACCGCCACCUCCUCCCAAGCACACUCCUACAGAACCUCAACUUCCUCCGAAGGAGAGGGAGAGACGUGUUCCCAUGACCAGGCUUAGAAAGAGGGUAGCCACUCGUUUGAAAGAUUCCCAAAACACAUUUGCAUUGCUGACUACAUUUAAUGAAGUUGAUAUGACUAAUUUGAUGAAGCUUCGCUCAGACUACAAGGAUGCAUUUGUUGAGAAACAUGGUGUCAAGCUAGGUUACAUGUCUGGGUUCGUAAAAGCUGCUGUUAGCGCCCUCCAGCAACAGCCUGUUGUCAAUGCCGUGAUUGACGGAGAUGAUAUUAUCUACAGAGAUUACAUUGAUAUUAGUAUUGCUGUUGGGACUCCAAAGGGUUUAGUCGUCCCUGUCGUCCGCAACGCCGAUAAAAUGAAUUUUGCAGAGAUUGAGAAGGAGAUUAAUACUCUCGCUAAAAAAGCGGUUGACGGAUCUAUAUCUAUCGAUGAAAUGGCUGGAGGUUCAUUCACCAUAUCUAAUGGUGGUGUCUAUGGAAGUCUUCUAAGCACUCCCAUUAUAAACCCUCCUCAGUCUGCUAUUCUGGGGAUGCAUUCUAUUGUGAAUCGGCCGAUGGUGGUUCAAGGAAAUAUUGUUGCAAGGCCAAUGAUGAACCUUGCACUAACCUAUGAUCAUAGGCUGAUCGAUGGGAGAGAGGCUGUUUACUUCUUACGCCGCAUCAAAGAAGUGGUGGAGGAUCCUCGCAGGCUUCUUCUUGAUGUCUGAUACAUUCGCCGUUAUUGCUGUUUUGCACCGUUUUGGUUAUAAUCGGAACAGGUAAAUGAGCUAGAUGAUGAAACGGAUUAAACCUAAUCGCUUUUUCUAAAUAAAACAUUCAUACCAAUUCAGAUAGGGUUGUUUUGCUGUUAAAAACCCUUGAGCUAAAGUUCAUUACUUUACGGCCUCUUCAAAAAUUGAUUUUUAAGUUUAGACUUAAUAGGGACUAGGGAGCAUAGUCCAUUGUCCAAUACACUAUUUAUUGGAAGUGAUUUUCUUGGUAUUUUUUGACCUUGUAAAUUCUUGUGAUCAAUUUGACAUAAAUGAACAUCUCAUAUUGCGUGGAAGAAUUCUUUUUUCAAAAUAUGCUUCGUAGUUGCUCAAA